AUGGCAGAGAUAAUGAGAAAAAUCCAAGAUGAGUUAGAUGAUGUAGUGGGAAAGAACAGCACGGUAGAGGAAUUGCAUAUACCAAAGUUACAUUGUUUGGAUGCAGUGGUGAAAGAAAACCUGCGUUUGCACCUAGUAGCGCCAUUGUUGCUCCCCCGACACCCAAGUAAAUCUUGCUACGUGGCAAGAUAUACCAUCCCUGAAGGUGCUCAAGUUCUGGUGAACGCAUGGGGAAUACAUAGAGAUCCUGAAGCUUGGGACAAUCCCUUAGAGUUCCAUCCGGAGAGUUUCUUGACAAAAAAUGGAAAAUGGGAUUAUAGUGGUAAUAAUUUUCAUUACUUUCCAUUUGGCACAGGAAGGAGGAUAUGUGCAGGGAUUCCCUUAGCAAAGAGGUUGCUCCCCUAUGUUUUAGCUUCACUGUUGCAUUUGUUUGAGCGGCGAUUUGCCGACGGCACGGAAAUUGAUAUGUUGGAGAAGACUGGAAUAACUUUAAAGAAAAUGAUUCCUCUCGUUGUAGUUCCCAAGCCAAGGUUGCUUCUUGAGAAGUAUGGCUACUGGUUUUGUGGAUGA